AUGCCCAAGAGCCCCGCCGCCAUGACAACUAUGCGAGCCUUCGUGACUGAUGGCAAAAAGUCAGGCUCCGUCCGUGACGUCGACCGCCCGAGGCCUCGUCCCGGCCAGGUCCUGAUCAAGGUCCACAAUGCCGCCCUGAACCCAGGCGACUGGAAGCUCGUGGAGGGCAAUGUCGCCUCUGACGGCGCUCCAGAGGGCCUCGUCGUCGGCUUCGACUUCGCCGGCACCGUCGUCCAAGGACCGGGGUGGCCUCGGGGUCAGCGGGUGGGCGGCUGGACGUUUGGAACCAACGAGGGCGACACUCAGCGGGGAGCAUUUGCCGAAUACGUCACGCUCGAGCCCUCACUCCUCUUCCCCGUCCCCGACAACAUCACCAUGGCGCAGGCGUCCACAGUCUCGCUGGGCUAUGCGACCGCCACCCUGGCCCUAUACUUUACUCUCGGCCUUCCGGAGCCCUAUCAGGGCGGCGGCGGCGGCCAGCAGUCCUUGCUGGUCUAUGGCGCAUCCUCGAGCGUCGGGCUGUAUGCGGUGCAGCUGGGCAGGCUCAGCGGGCAGCGCGUCAUCGCGGUGGCAUCUGCCAAGAACCAUGGGCUGCUCAAGGAGCUGGGGGCGGAUAUCACUGUCGACUACCGGGACGAGGACUGGGUGGCCAGGGUCAAGGAGGCCACUCAGGGCGGCCUCCGAUAUGCCUUUGACUGCAUCGGGCAGGGAGGGUCUGCGGAGAGCAUCGCCGAGAUCUUGUCGCCCAGUGAUGGCGCUCACCUAGUCGCCCUGAACCCGCUCGACAAAGACGCUAUAUGUGCCAUCAACCCUCACAUCAAGGCCGAGUCGAUCUUUGCCGGGGCAUGUUUCGGGGAACCGAUCGACUUCAUCAAAGCGUUUGACAAUAUCGGAGGUCCAACCCCAGAGCACAAGAAGGCCUGGGAGACGUAUCUGUCCUGGCUCCCUGCCAUGUUGCAGAAGGGCGACAUCGUUCCGAAUCGUGUCAAGGAGAUGGGCACUCUGGAGAGUGUAUUGGAAGCGUUUGAGCUGAGCAAGGCCGGCAAGCUUUCGGCCGAAAAAGCUGUGUUUCAAGUCUCCAUGUGA